AAAAACAACUUGCGCUUACCCGGAAGUAGAUGACUUGAAUGUGACUCCUACUAGCUAGCUUUCCCUCCUGCUACGAAUGAUGCCUUGAUAGUUCUUUUGUAUAUUUCAUUUUUUUCUGGAGAAAAUGUUUCUUACCUCCGUCAACUUGGCAAAGGCGAAAUCGAAGACCGUCCUGGUGCAGAUGAUGAGCGCUGCGGGGACGGGCUACUUCUUCAACACCAAGCGAAACCGUCUCAGGGACAAACUUGUGCUCCGCAAACAUGACCCAUUUGUGAACAAGCACGUCCUGUUCUUUGAGAAGAGGAAGAUCAGAUCGGUCUAAAAUGGACUUCAACACAGAUGAUGAACCUGCAAGGUUUAAAGAAACAAUUUGCCUUGUGGAUUCCAAAAGAAAAUGUCUGCUCUUCUGUGGUGUAAAAUAUUGAUUAUAAACAAGUCCUUCAUGUUUUAUUUUCUUCAUGUCAACCACAAGUUCUAUUCUAUAAUUACAUGAGUAAUUGCAUUGUCAGUCGGGUGUCACAACAUUAAAAGCUGUUUCAAU